AUAUAACAAAUAAUUUGAGGGUAUAGUAUGUUGUCGGGAGAAGUCACAUUGGAGAAUGGGACACACACAGUGUACUCAGUCACUGUGAGUGAGCUGAACGACAAUAAUGGAGUCACGCCGCUGGACAUCCAAGGGUUGAGCAUAACAAGUGUAAAAGACAAAGUUAUCCUGACUUUCUUCGACAAAGGGACAGAAGUUGAACAGUUUACCGUGACCCACAACACCGAACACUGUUCUUGUGGCAAACUUUCCUGGAUUAUCAGAUUCCAGGAGAAAACUUUCAUGGUCAGAUUCGCUAACGAGAAAUCGGUACAAGAAUGUAAGGAUGUGCUGGCCGAGCUGCAGAAGAUUGAGAAACGGUCCAAGUUCAAGGAUAGGACCGAGGAGAGUUCAGCAACACAGUACUUUCAGUUUUACGGGUAUUUGUCACAACAGCAGAACAUGUUGCAAGACUAUGUUAGGACAAGUACAUUCCAGAGGGCUAUCCUGGACAACCACGGCGACUUCCAGGGCAAGAUAGUGCUAGAUGUCGGAGCAGGAUCUGGUAUCCUGUCCUUCUUCGCAGUGCAAGCCGGAGCUAAGCACGUGUACGCAGUUGAAGGCAGCAACAUGGCGGACCACUGUCGGGACCUGAUCAAGAACAACAAGUAUCAAGAUAAGAUAACUGUGAUACAUGGCAUGAUAGAAGAGGUGGAGCUGCCUGAGGAGGUCGACACUAUUGUAUCAGAGCCUAUGGGGUAUAUGUUGUACAACGAGAGGAUGUUAGAGACAUACAUCUACGCUAGGAAGUGGUUGAAGAAAGGUGGCAAGAUGUUCCCUUCUACUGGCACCCUUUAUUUGGCUCCCUUCUCCGAUGAGAGUCUUUUCCAGGAAGUGUGUAACAAAGCUAACUUCUGGUACCAGACCUUCUUCUACGGCGUGGACCUGUCCAACCUGAGAGAGGAGGCCUACACCGAGUACUUCAAACAGCCUAUAGUAGACACGUUCGACCCCCGACACUUGGUGGCCAAGCCCAUCAAACAUACCACCAACUUCAUGACGGAUACCGAGGACAGCUUGAGAGAUAUCCACAUAGACUUCACUUUUUAUCCUCAUUCCGCUGCCCAGGUGCAUGGUAUUGCGUUCUGGUUUGAUGUAGCGUUCGAGGGAUCUCAGAAAACCGUGCAUUUGAGUACCUCCCCCAGCGAGCCGCUCACUCAUUGGUAUCAGGUACGAUGUUUGAUCGGGACACCGCUGUUUGCCAGACCUGGACAGCCUAUUAUCGGCUCUGUUACUCUCACCUCCAACAAACGUCAGAGUUACGAUGUCAAACUCAAGAUGCACCUAGCGGGAAGUAGUGAGACUAUAACGAACUUGUUAGACCUAAAGAACCCUUACUUCCGCUACACUGGCUCAGUCCCCGUUCCCCCUGGCAACCAGACAACCUCCCCCUCUGAUAACUAUUGGGAGAACAUCACCACUUCCGCUACUCCGCUGACACAGCCACAGGUUUACAACGGAGCCGCUGGAGCUGGAGCGUACAAUCAGACCUACACUAAAGGAUACCCGACCAGCCCCAACCCUUACACGCCCAUUUAUGAGGAGGGUUACAACUAGCUCCUUGUUUUAUGUCGACCAUUUAAAUAUUAUUAUAAUCCGUGUGUGACAAUGUUUGAAAAAGGAUUAUCCUCUGUGUUGAAAAUUACCAGCAGGCUCUAUUCUUUUUUUGGUUUUGUCACCCCUGGUAGAAUCUUCAAGAAUAUAUUCUGUCAGUUUUAUCAUACCACGAGACUUUAAAAUGAUUAUCACGUGACGGGUUUCUGUCACAGUCUCGUAAUUUCUUUACAGACAAUUGAUUCACACUUAAAACAGAGCAACUUCUUUAGUUUUAUAAAACGGAUGUUUUCUUAAUUUAUUAUAAAUAUAUGAUAUACACUAAUUUUACCUUGAUUUUCUCGAUGGGUUGAAUGGUUUUACCGACGUUACGAUGUUGAUUGUCCAUGUUGGAAUAUUUGAGAGUGAUAAUUGGGAUAUAUCAUUAUAAUGGUUUUGAAAGUUUGAGAGUUACUAUUAUUUCUCAAACCUCUUCUACCGUGUACUGCUCCCGAUCGUCAAAACCCUCUUAUGACAAAUUUAAACUAACUUAAGAGCUGGAUUAUAGAGGAUGAAUAUGUUGUUUGGCUGUAUCUGCAUGCUGAUUGGGUAACUCCCUCGGGAUCUCUUACUAAUUAACCUUAUAACUUGAUCGCAUCUUGACAUGUAUGUUUGUGGGAAUAGUAGCGGAGCUUGAUGUCAUUAAUUUGUUAACAGUCUCAAAUCCUUCAAAGUAUAAGAAAUGAUCACGUGGCACGGUUGUAUGUCACCUAUUCUCACGAUUGUGUCACGUGUUAUGAGAGUGCUUUGUUAGAACGGCGUUGAAGAGCAAUGUCGUUGCCUCUGCAAUAGUCUCAUCAUUUGACCAAUAACAAGGCUAGUUGAGGGUGAUGUCUGACAAGCCCUGUUAUAGGCAUAGUGAUGUGAUCUGAUUCAUACUGGUGCGGUGGCGACGCGACUGCUAUACUUAAAAAUUAAAUCUGGGUUCUACAAAGUUGGGUAUUGGUAGGGAGGUGAGCUAUAUUUGUUUUGACAGUCUCUUAUUUAUAAGCGACCAAUUAAAUACGUGUCAAAACAGAUAUGACCUAUCUCCCCGCAAGUAUCCAAGUUUAUACAGCCGGAUGUUAGAGGUUUGAUAUGAACGCUUAAUUCAGAGGAAUUGUCUGAGUCGCGAUUCAAAGCUUGUUGGUAAAUUCACUCGCGAGUUUAUCGAAAAAAAAUCGGUAUAUAUUUAUUUUAUUCUUUUAAAAUUGGAUGAUCGAACUCGCUUUUAAAAUGUUUAUUUAAUUUUAUUAGUCUAA